GGGACAUAAUUAUUGAUGAUUGAUAUGUCAAUAUUAACAUUUGUGACAACAGUGACAGCACAUACAGAUGCUAUAGUCAACUUGACUGUACCUGGUCUUUAUUCCCACAUAUCUAAGGGACGGUCGAGCUGAACUGAGCUAAACUCAUCACUGACACAUUUCCCCAAAUCUUCUCAAGUGCCACAUCAAAUCCCUCUUAAGUCAAUUUUACGCUGUUCUCCAUCAGCGUGGGCAUCAGUUCCUGCUGCUGGAUCUCAUCCCAUCCUUUCUUAAUGAGUGCUUUAUAACGUGCCGCUGUCGCCGCCAGCGAGCUUGCUAACGACGUGGCAGCGGUUAGCAGAUGGUUCUUCGCGGCUGGCAUGUGGCCUGAACGCUCGGAGAGGAAGAGAAGCGAGGAGGGAGGCCGUGCACUGCAGGCAGUGUGUCAGAAGCUGCAGACGAGUGGGGUUCUCCCUUCACCAGGGAAAGUCUUCCUCCUCCAGACGGGCUGCAGCCAGGAAGGAUGAAGGUUGCAGUCAUUUUCUCAGGAGCUCUUGAACUUGGAGUGACUCGUCAUCGAGAGUUUGCUACCUUUGACCUUUCUAGGAAGCUGUUUUAGAGGGGGCUUCUGGUGCCUCUGCUCAGGCAAAGUGAGUAGAUGAACAUCAAGAAGCUUCAGCUAUCUGACCUGCAAACUUCCAGUCUAGCUCAGUUUCUUCCAGUCCUGCUCAGGUACAUUCGCGACAAGCCAUCAAGUUUCAAAUGGAAAGAUUCGGAGCUAAAUGAUUGACCAAAAAUUGUCCAACUGAGAACACCAUGGAAAAUUGAACCUUAGCUGAGAAGCCCUUGAAGCUUUGUGUGAUGGUGGAAACUGCCACUAAUGUUCUUUCGCUGUCACUUAUGGUGCAUUCCAGUUGGAAAUGGGAACUCCCAGUUAAGCCCCCUGAAAGUGGGACAGUCCUCACCACCUCGAAAUUUGCAAUGGCUCCCCUAAUGUAAACAGGAAAUAGAUGUUAUUCCAUGAAUUUGUGUUCCUAGCAGGCGUCACCUUGUCGCUGUGUGGAGAGUGUAGGUGGGCUAUUGUCACGUGUACCCGUCUGAGUCAACGCUAGCCUGGUGUGUUAUUAGCCCUUACCUAAAUGACCUGCGUCGCUAUUUUCAUUGGUUCUCAAAAACCUGCUUCCUGUUCGCAGAAACCUGACCUCAGGGUCAUGCUGCGUCACGAUAGACCGCGGAUGUGAUAUUCAGCCAGCGGACAGCUCAUGAAUCACAGGCAGUGAGAGAGCGUUAGCGUUCGCUACAUCCAGGGCUGUUGGCUGCCCGAGGCCCGUUUGCAUUAAUGAUGGCCAGCAAUAUGUGAGCGCUAACCUGCCAGAAACCACAAGAACAAUCUGUGUGGUGAUCUGAUCGGCAAGCUCACACUAGACGAACCGAAACACGGUGUACACGGUGUACCUCUGAUUCUGACUUUCAACCAUGCUAACAACCUGUCGUGUUUUGUUUUAUGAGCUGAAGGGGGAAACAGUAGCGAUCAUGACAGUAGUGCCCAGAUAACCAACUCAAACGGACUAUCUUUGUGUUCAACCAUCAUCUUAACCUUCUAUCAGCGCGUCUUUAGCCAUUUUAGCUUUCUUGCACACUGUAAAUCUUCGUUUGGAUCUAGCAUGCUAAUGCUGUAGUUCACAGCCUGGAAUGUACACUUUUACCCUUAAAAUAAUUGUUGUGUUGUGUAAUUCAAAAUACAAAAAUGUGUGUGUAAUUCAAUGUCCUGAAUGUCUUAUGGAUUUUAUUUAUUUUCAGAAAGCUCCUUAACAUGUGUGUUUUAAGUUGAACGUCCUACAGGCAUUAGCAUUUAUGCUAAAUAGCCAGCUUUUUUGGUGCUAUUCAUCAAGCUUGCCUUUUCGAAGAAUGUUUUUUCUCUUUUCUUCUGUCCGUCACAUCCUUCACUCAAGCUCUAAACCCUCACAACUCUUUAUAUCAGACAUCAGUGAAAGAGGUGCCGAUCCUCCUCCCAUAACAGUCCCAAGAAGCGUCAACAUCGAUUGACUCAUGUUUGUGUAGCAUACACUGGCAGCUGGUUAAUAAGCCUUUUUGUUGACCGACACUCAGUCCUGCCUGAACAGCAGGGUCGCUUCCUUCGCUACGAUGAAUCCGCGCCAACUUUGUGCCCAUGCCAAACCAUGUGACUAAUUACAGAGCAGGGCAGGACCGUCUCAUAUCCUGGACAGUUGGGGGACAUAUGGGUCUGGAUUCCAUGUCUCGGAGUCGGCACCGGUCGAUUGACUUCAAAACCGUCUGGACUGGGACUGAUCUGGUCAUGGCAGCAAAGGCUCCUGGAUCCGUGUCGCCGGCCAAGAGGCAGAUCAAGGAGGUGAAGGAGACCAAGACCACUAUCAACUGUGUGACGUUCCCGCUGCCAGGGGAGGGUCCAGAGCAGCAGCUGCUAAAGCCCAAUGAAUGGAGCUACUGUGACUACUUCUGGACGGACAAGAAAGACCCACAGGGCACCACGUCCGUGGCGGGCGUGGAGGUCAUCCUGCAGAAGCAGCUGAAGGGCAAGCAGAUGCAGAAGGAGAUGGCCGAGUUCAUCCAUGAGAGGAUAAAGAUUGAGGAGGAGUACGCCAAGAAUCUGUCCAAGCUGUCUCUGAGUCCUCUGGCCGCUCAGGAAGAAGGGACUUUGGGUGAAGCCUGGACUCAGCUGAAGAAAAGUCUCCACGAUGAAGCUGAAGUUCAUCUAAAAUUCUCCAACAAGCUUCACUCAGAGGUGGAGAAGCCCCUGCUGACGUUCAGAGGAGAGCACUUCAAGAAGGACCUGAAGAAGUAUGACCACCACAUCGCUGACCUGAGGAAACAGCUGGCCAGUCGUUAUGGCGGCGUGGAGAAGGCUCGUAAAGCUCUGGCCGACAGACAGAAAGACCUGGAGGUGAAGACGCAGCAGCUGGAGAUCAAACUGAGCAACAAGACAGAAGAGGACAUCAAAAAAGCCCGACGGAAAUCCACACAAGCAGGAGACGACCUGAUGCGCUGUGUGGAUCUGUACAACCAGGCUCAGUGCAAGUGGUUCGAGGAAAUGGUCACCAGCACCAUGGAGCUGGAGAAGCUGGAGGUGGAACGCAUCGAGUGGAUCCAGCAGCACCUGCGUCAGUACACGACGCUGAGACACGAGACUGACAUGUUCAACCAGAGUACGGUGGAGCCGGUGGAUCAGCUGCUUCAGUCCGUGGACCCCGCCAAGGACCGAGAACUCUGGGUCAAGGAACACAAGACCGGCGAGGUCCGGCCCGUGGAUUUGGACAUCUAGAGGAUCUGACCUGAAACCAGCUGUCGUCAGUGUCCACUCACGGAUCCAGGGACGGUGCAUGUUCAGACCGCUGACCGGACCAGACGGAGCACCAGGAAGCAGAACCGGAUCAGAACCAGCAUGUUCCUUCUCAAUUAACCUCAUCAUGACCCGCAUUCACCCGAGUGGACACCUCCUGCUGUCUUGUCCUUGUCAAGUGAAGAAGUCAGCCAAGCAACAAGCCAGAUAACUGCUGACCUUUCUUUCCAUUUUAGCGGACCUCAGAAGGAGUCUGUCUUCUCCAGCGGCUCUGACUUGAUGGAUCAAUGCAUGUUUGUGGGUGUGUUGUCGUGAACGGCCAGCUGCAGUCUGUGGACGUGUUGUCCGUGUCGUACCCGAGUUCAGUUUGAAGAGCACAAGCUCACCCUUCACAGUGCAACGGGCCAGGUGCAGUUUGGAUCACUGACUCGCCCUCUAGUGCCUAAACCUGGAAUGUUUUUCUGUACAUUUGUACAAAGGUGUAUCUUGCCAUCAGCUGAGAUCAUGUUGUGUUGAUGUUGACAGGAAGAGUUCCGGUCCAAACUCUAAAUCAACUAGCCGACAUCAGUUGACAUGUCUGACUGCCAGAACGUGGGGACUGAUGUCACAGACAUUCCCACACCCAAGUGUCGUCCUUCCCCCACCUGGUGGUCUCAUACGGUCUCACGACAUCGCGACCAGACGCCUCUGUGUGAAGGGGAAGGAGCCGCUCUGAACCUCGUCUCUUUCAGUUUCUUCAUGCAGCAUUAUACACACAAUAGACUCCAAACUCAAAACGGUAUCUAAAUUAAAUAACUAUAUAGUAUAUAGCGGAAUUUACAUCCAAGGCAGCUUAUUAUUUUUUUUAUUCUUGAUUUAAUUGUUGGAAAGCCUAGUUUUGUUUUGUCUUAUGUAUAUUUUUUCUGGAUUUUCUUUCUUUUUCUUCAUUUUUCUAUUUUCUUUUUACAAAUGGGCUCGUUUAAUCGUAAUUUAAUACUAAUUCUGUUCAUAAUGUUAUAUAUAUUUAAGUAAUUCUCUAAUAGCUGUGCUAAAAAAAAAGCAACUUGACACUUGAAAUCCAAGAAUUUCGCCACCCAUGCAGACAUGACAGCAGUGACCCAACAAUCCAAACAUCAUCACAAUCAUCUCCUUCACUCCAGAAAGCUGAGCACUGUUUGUCUGGGGUCAGGUGACACGAAGAUAUAGUUCUGUAAAGUCGGUUUGUGAUCGGUCGAUCAGUGCAGGAGGCGAACGACCCUGCAUGUACAGUGUCUUCGCACGUGCGUCCUUGUCUUGACAUUCUACUGUUGAUUCUGUCUUUCAUUCUGUUUUCUUUCAGUCCGUGGAUUGAAUAGUUGUUCGUCGUUGUCGUUUCCUAAAUGUCCAGCUCGUGUCCCUGAUGAUGUAAUGGUUGAGUUAGUGAUCUCUGUCGUGAGCUGGAGGCCGCCGACCUUCCAGCGUGGACGCCGGUCGGGAGAGUUAAGAUGUUGUGGUUAUGUAAGCGAGUGGCUUCCUGGUUCAUUCUAUUAAAGAGAGAAACAAACAUACCAAGUGUGUAUUGCUGGUGGGCGGGAGGGUGAACAGGUGGCUCGCUAAUCAGGUGGACCACAAACGCUCAGUGUUUUGGUUACAUGAAGAAUGAACUUUGCACCGCUGCGCAGUUUCAUUAUGACUAAGUCCUGAGGUUGAAGCUGACGUCGCGCUGCGGAGCACCGUGGCACUAAUGGCUACACUGUCAAACAAAGAACGAACCCACGGUAGACAGAAACAGCCUCCACGAGGGUGAAAUGUUGUUUAUCUCCACUGACCUCCAGUGUUUAAUAGGAUUGAGAGGUGGAUGUUAACUUGAGCCUAAUUCUCUUCUAAGCUGCUCUCACACUAAUGAGAGCGGGUGACAGAAGGAAGUAAAAAAAAAAUCCAUUAUUUGAACCUCUUCACACCUUUCACACGCACACAGAUGUGUCACAGCAUGUCUAGACAGUCAGUACAGAGGUUAUUCUUAAUCAUAUUUUGCCACGGUGUUGGUCCCGUAUUUUUGACUUUUCCGUGUUUUUCUUUUGUAACUUGAAUGCAACACGGUGGCGCUCGCGCUCCGCGGGGUGUCGUCAGAGGUGGCGCGUGAGAUGGUUGCGAAGCGAAACUCGACACGUUUCGUAUGACGGUACUUUGUUGAGGUGACUUUUUGGUUGGCAUUCAUUUUCUCCUUGAUCUUCUGCGGCUCGUCGUACUGGAUCAGACGCAAAAUGUCCUUGUUGUCCAUCACGCCCUGGAUGAACUCUCCCUCUGUUAGCUUGUCUGAUAAGAAACCAGAGGGUGCCAACAGCAAAGGACAACUGGACAAGGUGGCACAGUGACUGCAACCACAGGAGAAUGUUCUAACAUUAUGACCUGGUCUUGUGCUGUGGCACCUGCUUCACAGCCAAAGAUGGCCUCAAAAGACAUCCAUAAUAAACGGUGACCACCAGCUACUGGUGCGAGGGGACGAGGAAAGUGGCCAAACCCUUCUGCACGGGGCCGCCGUUGAAGGUCAAGCAGUGGUUCUGCAUCCGCUUCAACAGCUCCAACGUCAACGACACCAGGCUGGUCCAGUACAUUUUUGAG